UGAAACAUCUGUAUCUAUCAGAGGACAAUGAUGAUGAUGAUGCAAUCAGGCCUGGAUGACACCACUAAGCUGAGGAUGUUGCAGGCAAAGGCUCUGUCAAAGGAGGCCAGAGGAGAGGGUCUGAAUCUGGGGAAGAAGAUCAGCGUUCCAAGAGAUGUGAUGAUGGAGGAGCUCAAUCUUCCAUCUAAUCGAGGCUCUCGCAUGUUUCAGGAGAGACAGAAGAGGGUGGAGAGGUUCACAGUGGAGAACGCUGCUAAUGGUUCUCACAACAUUGUCAAUGCCCAUCCAGAGGCCGUUCCUCCCCCGCAGAUCAUCCAAGGGCCACAGGGAGGGAAAGAGAACCAGGCUUUCUCCAUCCCGGGUAAGCAUAGCCUGGUCAUGAACCUUCAGAAGACUGUAGCAAAGAAAGGCAGUCCCGAUGUCCUCGCUCCAGGAUAUUCUGGUCCUCUGAAGGAAAUUCCUCAUGAGAAAUUCAACACAACAGUAAUCCCCAAAUCUUACUGCUCUCCUUGGACGGAAGCUUUGGGAGACAAGGAAGACCUCCUGGCUGCCCUCAGUACCCAGCUGCCCCAGGCCCCACAGAUUGCCAACUACAGGUGCUUCAACAGAUCUCCCAUGCCAUUUGGUGGGGCUAUGGCCAGCAAGAGGGUGAUCCCAGUGAUUGGCUUUGAGGCAGUUCAAUCCCAAAACCUGCCCGGUGAGGCUCUGGACAGAAUGUGUCGGCGGCCCAACUUCAACAGAGCACCCCGGGGAUGGGGAGGCGAUUACUGCCCAGAAUCCGACCAACUAUGAAAAAGGACUGAUAAGCUAAAGACUGAUAUUUGCUUGCUCCUCGCCUCCUACACAGAUCCGUUUAUUUGUGGAUUCAGCAGAAGAGAGGGAAAAUAAAUAAAUAACUAAAUCACUCCUGCAUGAUAUUGCAAGUGGUUUUGCUACUGCUGAGUGGUUUAGCCAGCUGAGGCAAACUCAGGCUAAUGGAAUCAACAGUUCAUUACCACAGUCGAGUCCAGGCAGGACAACACCGCCACAGGCCAAUCACUCUUGCCUAUCCUUCUUUUGCUCUUUGCAGUAUCUUAUCCUGUCGAUGACCAGACC